AUGAGGGCCUCAACAUCCCGCACCUUCUGGUGCUGGUACACUGCUCUCGGAGCUCUGCUACCAAGCGUGCUGGCAAACCCCAGCCCAGCGGUCAAUGUAGCUCUCCGGGCUUCAUUCGACUCAUCCCCGUACCUUGUCGAACUCCUAGAGUCGGCCGCUGAAGAGAACUCGACUGCCUACUUCCCACUACUCGACCGGAUCGCCGAUGGUGCCUUUGAGGAUGCGAUCACUGAAGAAGACCUAUACAAACGCUUCCUCCGGGUGAUCCAUGAAGAUGGGCACCUGCGUACUGCGGAAAGUCUUUCGUCUUUUAAGCUUUCGCUCGCUGUCCGAUCGUCUGCCCCGCGGAUCCAGGCUCACUACCAGUUUUACAAUACUUCUGUUCAGCAGUCAAUGAUGGCUGCUCAGGAUGCGGCUUGUCCUGUUUGGGUUCACUCUGAGGGGAAACAGUAUUGCUCUUCGGCUAUGGAGAGAGCGCAGCAGGAUAUCGAGGGAGAAUCGCACUCUAGGGAACUACCAUUCGAUCGAGUCCUGGGCGAUUUGUCCCUUCCUCCGGCAAUUCUCUACGCUGACGUUUCCGCGCCCAUGUUCAAAGAUUUCCAUGAGACGUUGAGUGAAAUGGCGAACCAGGGGCAGAUUUCCUACCGUUUGCGCUACCGACCGCCUCAGCACUGGACAUCCCGCCCUCUGUUUGUGUCUGGAUACGGUGUUGAGCUGGCUUUGAAGCGAACGGAUUACAUUGUCAUUGAUGACCGUGAUGCAGAGCAGCGAGAGGAGACCUCAAAGGAUGGCAAGACAUCUGGAUUGGAAGAGCUGAAGGAGGAUGCGCUUGAUGACCUGAGACCUCUUUCUUCUUCCGAGGUGUCCAGGCUGGGCAUGAAUUCUGCGGCCUAUGUUAUGGACAGCGAGGAUCCACUGGGUGCUCUGCUAAAACUGUCUCAGAACUUCCCCAAAUAUUCCUCCACUGUGGCAGCCCACAACGCUUCCAAUGAACUGCGUAAUGAAAUGCGCAUUAACCGGGCGAGAAUGAUCCCGCCUGGAUACAACAUCUUGUGGAUUAAUGGUAUGCAGAUUGAUGCUCGACAGGUUGACGCCUUCUCUCUUCUGGAUAUUCUGCGUCGAGAGAGAUGCCUUAUUCAGAAGUUCCGGGACCUAGGAAUCUCUGGACAAGAGGCCGUGAAGCUGCUGUCGCACCCGCUUCUCGCAGAAGCUCACUCGGAUGAAGAUGUGCAACGAUAUGAUUUCCGCGAUACUUUGGAGGGCGGCGACGUUAUUAUCUGGCUGAACAACUUAGAGAAAGAUUCCAGAUAUGUGGACUGGCCUAGUGACCUCGAAGCAUUCGUUGCCAAUGCAUACCCAGGACAAUUGCCGCCGGUUAGCCGCGACUUGCACAAUGUCAUCGUGCCUGUAGAUUUGUCUGAACCCGAAGAUAUGCUUUUGGUGGUCAAGCAGGUCCAGACUUUCAUCAAGCGAGGUAUUCCCGUCAGAUUUGGCUUGGUGCCUAUUGCUACGUCUGCCGAGUCGAUUGCCCAGUUGAAGGUGGCACACUAUCUUCAAGAAACCUAUGGGCUCUCAGGUCUCAUGCACUACCUAGAGGAGUCUGCCUCAAAAGUCAAGAAGGGUGGCCCCGAAAAGUCUGUGUUCAACUCUGUAGUAAAAGAGCGACAACCCCGCGACGAAAAGGAGGUUCUCCCUCUCGACGGCUUGUUGAAGAACGAGCACUACAGCACUGUGGCAGCCCACACAGUCGAUUACCAGCGCCGUUUGAGUCUGACCGGUGUGACUCCUCAUUUCUUGGUCAAUGGUAUCCCGAUCUCCCGUGAGGGUAACUGGAUGCAGGAGUUGAGUAUGACAAUUGGUAGAGAUCUGAAGUUGAUUCAGCAGGGUAUUGUUGAGGGAGUCUUUGAGGAAGAUGCUUGGUUGCCGGAAUUCUUCUUGGGGCCCGCCUUUGAAAGACGCAACACGUUCCUCAUGCCGGAGGACCCGAAGAGCGUGCAGAUUGUCGACCUUGCCAGUAUCUUUGGACUCGAUGUAAACAUGGAUAUGAUUCCCCGAGUUGAACCCAAGGAGGGUAUUCUGGGUGGUAUUCAUGUUGUCGUCGUUGGCGAUUUCGAAUCUUUGGAGGGCUUGAAGCUCCUAACUGACGCCCUCAACUUCCGGAAGGAGAAUGGCGAGGUGGAACUUCUUCUGGUGCACAAUGGUGCUUUAGACGCCGAGGGAGAUACUCCAAACCUGAACAAUAUUCAAAAGUUGAUCACCAAGGGCGAUGAUGUUGACAGCAUUCUGGCAAGUAUUGCUCAGGACUUCGAGACAGACGCAGAGCCGCAAAGCUCAGAAUCACUUGCUACCCAUCGACGACUUGCUGUCAAGCUCGGAUUUGAGCCCGGAACAGAGGGCCUUGUUGUCAACGGAAGGGCAGUUGGUCCUAUUGCGAAGGAGUUUGGCCUCAGCGUCAACGAAAUUUCCCAGCUCGUGGCCUACGAGCGUUCCAAGCGCAUUGACCCCGUUGCCAGGGCUUCCCUGAGUCUCGGAUUGAACACGAAGCUUUCCAAGCCGCUCGACCUGGCCAAGCUUAUCUCACUCGUAUCGCUUUCCUCGAUCCCAGAUGUCCCCGAGGGCAUAUUUGAAUCCACGCCCGACUUCCGAUUGGAUGUUUCUGAUAAAUGGAAGACUGAGCACUCAGUCAUUACUGUGUCCAACUCUGAUGAUCCUGCCAUCAAUGUUGCGGUUGUACUGGAUCCUGCGUCUGAGGUGGCUCAGACAUGGCUGCCCAUUCUCAAGGUCAUUUCUGAAUUGGCUGGUGUUCAGCUUACGAUCUUCUUGAACCCCAAGGAGGAACUUUCAGAGCUUCCUGUCAAGCGGUUCUACCGUUAUGUGCUGGAGUCGGAGCCAUCCUUUGCCUCGGAUGGAUCUUUAUCUCGUCCUGGAGCGUCAUUCACUGGCGUGCCUGUCGAGGCAUUGCUCACACUGGGCAUGGAUGUACCUUCUUCGUGGCUUGUGGCACCAGAGGAAUCGGCGUAUGACCCGGACAACAUCAAGCUGAGCUCGCUCAAGCCGGGAACCAACGUUGAUGCUAUUUACGCCUUGGAGCAUAUCUUGAUCGAGGGUCACUCUCGGGAUGUCACCACCAAGGCUCCCCCACGAGGCGUCCAGCUCAUCUUGGGAACAGAAGACAACCCGUACUUUGACGGCACUAUCAUCAUGGCCAACCUGGGCUACUUCCAGUUCAAGGCCCAGCCUGGCCUGUGGCAGAUCAACCUGGAGCCCGGCCGUAGUGAGAAACUCUUCAAAAUUGACAGCGUCGGUGGCUCAGGAUAUCGCCCUCAGCCCGGUGACGAAAACAAUGAAGUCACACUCAUGUCCUUCCAAGGCCGAACGCUCUUCCCACGCCUCUCCCGCAAGCCCGGCUACGAAGACGAAGACGUCCUAGAAACCGGACACAAGUCCGGCUCGACAAUGGACUACGUAUCAAAGGGCCUCAACUUCGCAUCCGGCAUCCUCUCCAGCGUCGGAGUAGGCCCCAAGACCGUCAACGAUGAACAAGCAGACAUCAACAUCUUCUCCGUCGCCAGCGGCCACCUCUACGAACGCAUGCUCAACAUCAUGAUGGUCUCCGUAAUGCGCCACACAAAGCACACCGUCAAAUUCUGGUUCAUUGAACAGUUCCUCUCCCCCUCCUUCCGCGCCUUCCUCCCCCAUCUCGCCGAAGAAUACGGAUUCUCCUUUGAAAUGGUCACCUACAAAUGGCCGCACUGGCUCCGCCACCAACGGGAGAAACAGCGCGAGAUCUGGGGCUACAAGAUUCUCUUCCUGGACGUCCUGUUCCCUCUCUCCCUGGACAAGGUUAUCUUCGUCGACGCAGACCAGAUCGUCCGCACAGAUAUGUACGACCUCGUCACACACGACCUUCAAGAUGCACCAUACGGCUUCACGCCCAUGGGCGACUCGCGAACUGAAAUGGAAGGCUUCCGUUUCUGGAAACAGGGCUACUGGUCCACCUUCCUCCGCGGCAAACCAUAUCACAUCUCCGCUCUGUACGUCGUUGACCUCAACCGGUUCCGUGCCCUUGCCGCCGGUGACAGACUUCGUGGUCAAUACCAAAUGCUCUCGGCGGAUCCCAAUAGUCUUAGCAAUUUGGACCAGGACCUGCCAAAUCAUAUGCAGCAUCAUAUCCCUAUCCACAGUCUACCGCAGGAGUGGUUGUGGUGCGAGACGUGGUGUUCGGACGAAGAUCUCGCGACUGCAAAGACCAUUGAUCUGUGCAAUAAUCCGCAGACCAAGGAGCCUAAAUUGGCUAGAGCUAGACGACAGGUUCCCGAAUGGACAGUAUACGAUGAUGAGAUUGCAGCGCUGGCGAAGCGUGUUUCGAGGGAGCAGGUUGAAUUCGUGCAGACUGGAGAGGAGGAACGGAAGGUUGAGGUUGAUGAGAAGGAUGUGGACGAAGAUCAAGACCGCAAGGAUGAGUUAUAG